GUGUGGCAACACUGGGGACGGGGUUUUGAGAUUUGAGAGGUGUGAUCGUGAUUUGCUUAGCUUACGUUUGUGAUAGGGAAACUGGUGAAACGAAACGCUUAUUUCGUCCAGAAAAUAUUCGCCUCUUGCUACCGAUCCCUCCGAAAUGACUACUCUAGACAUUCGACUGAAGAAAGUGAAUAAAAUUUACCACGAAGGGGAAGAUGUAGUCGGUGUGGUUGUCGUGGACAGCCGAAGUGAAGUGAAACAUGAAGGCAUCACACUUCAUCUUGAUGGAACUGUUACCAUGCAGCUUAGUGCUAAGACAAUCGGAAUCUUCGACUCAUUUUACUCCUCCGCUAAGCCUGUACAGUUGAUUAGCUACACAUUAGAGAUCGCCAAGCCAGGAAAGCUGCCUGCAGGAAGAACUGAGCUUCCGUUUGAGUUCCCUUUGAAGACCAAAGGAAACAAGACAUUGUAUGAAACCUACCACGGCGUAUUUAUCAAUAUCCAGUAUCUGCUCAAGUGUGACAUGAAGAGGUCGUUACUGAACAAAGAUAUGCAGAAAACAGUGGAAUUCAUUAUGGAGUACAAGGAAGGGGCAGAGAAAGCGAUACCAGUACCAGUGAACAUAAAAAUAUCUCCAGAAUCAGUGCAGAAUGUGCAGGAUCGCUCCAAGGUUCCCAACUUCCUACUGAAAGGCCGCAUUGACAGCACCUGCUGCUGCAUUACACAACCAUUCACUGGAGCGAUUUGUGUGGAGCGCUGUGACAUACCAAUACGAUCGAUUGAGCUACAACUGGUGCGUGUGGAAACUUGUGGAUGUGCAGAGGGGUAUGCAAGGGAUGCCACCGAAAUUCAGAACAUACAGAUUGGUGAAGGAGAUGUGUGCCAUGGCAUCAACAUCCCAAUCUACAUGGUGUUUCCAAGGCUCUUUACUUGCCCAACGCUAGUCACAAACAACUUCAAGAUUGAAUUUGAAGUCAACAUUGUCGUCGUGUUUGAAGAUGAUCACCUCAUGACAGAGAACUACCCAAUAAAGUUAACUAGAUUCUAACUUUU